GGAUAGCACUCAUAAAUUUUGAUGUCCCAUGUCCCAUGUCUAUCAAGAAAGCAACACAUUUUUAAUGUCUACAAAGGAUCCAUCGAUGAUGGCGCCUUUACUGUCGCAAUCAAGCGAUUACAUUCAUCAUCAAAAAAGGGAACUCGCGAGUUCAAAACAGAAAUCCAGAUGCUUUCCAAGCUCCGUCACACGCAUCUCGUGUCUCUAAUAGGAUACUGUGAUGAUCCAGGCGAGAUGAUUCUAGUAUACGAGUUCAUGCACCGCGGCACUCUCCGUGAUAAUCUCUACAAAACCAAAAACCCUCCUCUUCCAUGGAAGCAAAGACUACAGAUCUGCAUCGGAGCUGCACAUGGACUGCAUCAUCUCCAUACAGGUGCGAAACACCCGAUCAUUCACCGCGACGUCAAGUCAACGAACAUACUGAUAGAUGAAAACUGGGUGGCUAAAGUUUCUGACUUUGACUUGUCAAGAAUGGGUCCCACUAGCCAGUCCCAAACGCAAGUCAGCACUGUUGUCAGGGGUAGUGUUGGAUAUGUAGAUCCAGAGUAUUAUCGUAGGCAACACCUCACUGAAAAAUCUGACGUGUACUCAUUCGGAGUUGUUCUAUUGGAGGUAUUAUGUGCUAGGGCACCUGUAAUUCCAGGAUUACCCAAAGAGCAAGCGAAUUUAGCUGAUUGGGCUAGAAUCUGCUAUAGAAGAGGUGCACUCGAUCGAAUAAUGGACCCGCACUUGAGAGGUGAUACUGAUCCUGCCUGUUUGGAGAAAUUUGGAGAGAUUGCGGAGAGCUGUCUGCGUGACAACGGAGCACAAAGACCGGCAAUGAGCGGCGUGAUAUGUGAGAUGGAGUUAGCAUUGCAGCUUCAAGAGACGGCAGAGAAGAGUAGAAAUAGUAGUGUUGAGAGUGUGGGUGAAGAGCAGGAAAGUCCAUUGUUGUUGCGUGGGGAGGCUGUUGUAACUACUGAUGAUGAUGAUAUAUUUAGCAUUUCAGGCGAACAAAAGGACUCCAGGAGCACAGUUAGCAGUGGUGAAGGGAGUGCUGCUAAACUUGAUCCUGAUGGAUUUAAGUCUAAGUCUGUAUUUUCGGAAAUUAUGAAUCCAAUGGGAAGAUGAAAAUUGUAGUUAAGUCCAAUGGAUUUAAGCCUC